UCUAGUUGGACACGUGAACGUGACAUACGGCCAAAUGUUUCAGCAGGCAAGCACAGGGCAGUAUCGACAAGUGGUUUCACUCGCACUAGCGCUCUGCGUUCAACAUCAAGCUUCAAUUAGUGCUCCCGUUUCAGGAGUAGCAGGCAAUCCCAUAUAGUCUAUACAUACUUGGAAGCAGCUCCAGCUUAAACAUCUCUCGCAUUCACUCCGUCCGCUUUCUCCCUCAUCUCUACUCCGAACCCAACCGCUCCCGUUUAUUCACUCCACCCUGCAUAUACGCAUUUUUGCUGGCUCAUCGUCAGUGAUCCAUUUAAUACAGGUUGCAGGCGCCGCUGCUUUUGGUACAGAUCAAUAUAUGCUUUGCAUCAAUCUCAUUUUUCUCUUUCAAUUCCUUUCCUUCCGCACAUUCAUCAUUACCAUCCCCGGCGCGCCUGCCAUCAGUGCCGUAAUAAGCCACUGCACGAAGGCAUGGCGUCCCUAUCCAUUAUAUCAUAUUCCAUCCCACCCCAUAUUCUUACAUAUUAUAAAGACUUCAACGUUUACGGUUAAUGGUCUGUUUGUCAUUGUCGUUACUGUCCACCCUUUGGGUCGUGAAUCAUGCCAGGUUUCCAGGGACUACUUAGGAGUGUGCUUUGGUGUCAUGUUCCCGUUUGUUUCUUUGUGCGUUGCGUAUCGGAGUCCUCUCUGCUUUUGUGCUCAAGAGGUCAUCGAGUUCAUGUUUGCUUCUCGCUAUAGCUACUUCGCUUUCUCUCUCUCUCUCUCUCUUUUCUCUGUAUCUUCUGAGGUUGGAAAGUUGGCUGGUAGGAGUGGUAGUGGAGUAUGCAUCUGAUAAUCGAAAUAUUAGCUUGGGUACUAUCGACUGAUUGAUUGAUUCACUCAUGUGGUGAAUCUAUAGAUGGGCAAGUACUACUAGU